GGCAGGGCCUGACAGACCGGGGAGACCUCAGGGUCUGUUUCCUGCUCCCCUCCCCUCCCGCUCCCGGCCGCAUGGCUUCUCCCCUGUGUCAGUGCUGGCCACAGGGCCCACAGGCCUUCAGCUGGGCCAGGUGGAGGAGGACCUGGCCUCCCUUAGGACAGAUCCGGAGCCACGCCUGGCUGCUGCUGGCUGGCUUUCUCUGUCCUCGGAAACGCUCCUUCCCGCUCCCUAGCUACCGCCCAGUCCGGUCUCAUGGCUGCGCCCUGGUUUCCUCGCCUCCUGCUCCCCCCUCUUGCUAGCCUUCUCCCUUUGCAACUCCACCACCUGGUGGGGCCACCCCUGCCUGGAGCCUUCCGUGGCUCCCCAGUGCCGAGUCCAAGCUCGUCAGCCUGCGUGGUCUGGCCACUUACUGUCCCUGCCAGCUCUCCUCGUCGCACACGUGUGGUUAGUGAUCUGCAGUGGAAUGGCGGGGCUGAAACCAUUCCCCUUUUUAGAGAUGAGGACCCCGAGGCUCAGAGAAGUAAAAUGGCUUCUCAGAGAUCCCCCACCCGGAAAUACACAUGCAGGUUAGAAUUCCCAUCUCUGCCUCCCCGGCUGCUGCAUCCCCCCAGGCCUUGGCUCUUUCACCGAGAGGUAAAACCAGAGCUUGAUGGAGUUGGACGUGUGGGCCUGGGCAGGAUGCCAGCACUGACGAGGCUUCUGCAGAGGCUUCCAGCGGGAAUGCUCACCAUCUUGUCAGAUCCCCCAGAAAACAUGGCGACAGAAGAACUUACUACGGUGAACCCGGCGUUGUCACUCUCGCUUAAAGCUCUCCAGUGGAUCAAUGACUCAAAAAAAAAAAAACCAGGGCCAGCCACAUCCACAGCCACCUGGCCAGUUCCCCACCUACCCCCGGUGCCAGCCACACUGUCCUUAGGCUGUGACCCUGGCUGUCCCCGCCACCUGCCGGUACCACAGACUGAGCAGUUCGCAGUUCUGGAGGACGGACGUGCAAGACCCAGAAAUGUCUCCAGUGUCUGCAGCAGUCCCUAGGACUGCAGAGGUGCAGCAGUUCAUCCGGCUCUGAAGACUUCUCACACAUUUGCCCCCUUGACCGCCCUCGUUGCUGGCUUCCUUUAUCCCCUAGACCCUGUGGAACACCCCUGGUGACGUCCAGGUCCCUCAAAGGCCCCAUGUCCUCUCCUGAGCCUCUGCUCAGAGAACCUAAUCCUGGACGACUUCUCCUGGCCUGUGGACUCAGCUGAAGGCGCUGAGGCCUAUGGGCAAGUCCCCACCCCCAUCCCACCCCCUCCCCUGUGGGCGACAUGAGCUCUGGCACCCACAGCCCCUGCGCACCCUCUGGCUGGCUCCCGCUCGCAGUUGGCAGCUUCUUCCUCUGCUUCCCUGGGGCUUCCUGACCCACGUUCCCGGCCCCUGGUGUGCAGCAGGUUCACCCACAGCCGAGAGGAAUUCUGGACUGGGGGCAGGGGCUGGGGGAGGGGCUGGGAGAGGGGAGGACUCACCUACUGCACAAUUUGGCCAAAGGCUGCGCUAGCCCCUAAAGAAUGAAAGAAAUUCUCCAUUCAUUAAAGAAUGGAGAAACAGAUGAGCAAUCGGAUGCCUGGGUCGGGAGUAAUGGUGACUAAGAGCGCUGGAGAGACCGAUUACAGGGCUCUGACAGCAUCUGAGAGCCCUCCCCGGGGCCAGUGCUUCUGAGGCAGCCUGUUAUCAGAGGGUGCCUGGCCCCUCAUUCCUGACCCGUUAGGUCAGAGCACAAGGCUGAGGUGUCGACAUCCGCCCCACCUUCACCAGCUGCCUUUGAAGAAGCAAUUUGCCUGAAGGGUGAGGAGGCCAGAGAUCUGGGAUCUGGGCGGGGCUCCUGCAGGACAGGAAUUCGCAGAUGGGGACAGGGCAGGUUUCGCAGUGACGGAGAGAGUAACAUGGGACAUUAGCCCCAGGCUCAGGGCCGACUAGCUGGGCACACUGCAGACGGCUAACAGGGACACUGUGUGGGUUUGUCCACCAGCGUCACCUCCCUGAAGAGGAACGCUGCCUCUGUCCCUGCUGUGUCUCAGAGCCUCGAAACUGCUGACCCUCAGUUGCAGAGGGACCCACUUGUGGUGAGGGAGCCGGGAAGGCAGCCCGACGCCACAGUGAGGUUCCCACGCCUGGUGCCGCAAUGCCCCCACUUCCCUCUGGCCGCGGCUGCGGUCCUGACAGGCGGUGACCAGCACAGCUGAUGAUCUGGCCCGGUACUUCUCUAACCACUCCCCAGACCUGGAGGAAUCCCCAGGGCCGGGUUCGUCACCGUCACCGGGAGCCUGCAACUUGGGGCACAUGUGGCUUGCUUCCCGUUAGCUGAGCGCUGGACAGCAGGCUGGGCCUCCGCCGUGUUUGGGGAAGGGACCAGAAUGUGCUGUCCCAGAGAACAGGGACGUUGCGCAGGCCCCCAAAGUGGGAAGUGCGCCCUGGCCUGGCCACAGCAGGGGAGCGGGGAGCGUGGCAGCCCGCUUUUGUCCCUCCUUGGGCUGGGCCUGAUCUUCGCCUGCGAGGCCGUGGCAUCCUCUGUGGGGAGGACAAGGGAGGGACGGCCUAACAGGCCCGGCGUCCUGUAAGUGCCCGUGUGCCUGGCCUGGGCUGGGUGUCAAGAUGUCAUUUGUCUGCUAUUUAAGGAAGCGCCCGAGUGCCCCACAGCGUCUCGGAGGUCACUGGGCCUCUGCACAGGCCAUUCUGGGCAGGAGGCACAAUAAGAAAGGAAGAGAAGAGAAAUAAGUGACCCCGCAGAGCCCUAAGGAGCGUCGGCGUUUGUGGACACCCCCACCCAGAAGUCCUCAGGGCAGGAAGAGAAGGCGAUGACGAAACCGUUCAAAAUGCUCUUCCUGGGCCCGCCAGGAGGCGUGGAGGUUGAGGCAGCUGGAUCCCACAGGACGGACCGCGCAGUUCGAGUCCCAGGUCCAGCGGCUUGAAAAGCAUGCCGGAUGCCAGCGCGUGCAUGCUCGAAGUCCCAGGAGGAGAGUGGGGAGGAGGGAUUGCGGCCUGGCGGUCCCCCAGGGGCUGACUUCUCACUCUCAUGCGCUCUCUGGCGAGGGCACACGUCCCAUGCCAAAUAAAUAAAUAAACAAUAAACGGCCUUCCUGGGACACACUCGUCGCUCGGCUCCUUCGCUACCUCCUCUCAGAGGCCGCCCCAGCCUGAGACAGUAAGACCACAGCCUCUUGUGGCCCCCACAGCCGGUGCUCGGGUUUGUGUAUCUGUCCUCACUGAGCAGCAGAGGCCCCUCCGAAGCCUGGGAGGUGCCACUUUCCCCGCGGCAUGGCGUCCGCCCGGUCUAGUUGGGGCACUGUGAGUGUCGGCCUCUCCUUCCCCUCCCCUUGGCACUCCCGCUCCGUCUCCAAAGCCCCUCACAUCUUUGUC